GCACGUGCCUAUGGGGCUGGGACGCCGCCGUCUUCUUCUCUCUUCCUGCCUCAGCAUGGGGCGUCGGGUGGCCGGACCAGCCGCCGCUCUCCGACUGCCUUCUUUGUCCCCGGGGUUGGCAGGGUUCUCCGACCCACCCGGAACUGCCCGGCGUCCCUCCCGCCUUGGGAAGCGCUCGCGCCCAAAUUCCGCCGCGCAACUUCUUGGGGCGCCUCGCUGUUCCCUCGGAUGGUCACCAUGAGCCAGUGCUACUACAACGAGACCAUCGGCUUCUUCUACAACAACAGUGGCAAGGAGCUCAGCUCUCACUGGCGACCCAAGGAUGUGGUUGUGGUGGCGCUGGGGCUGACUGUCAGUGUGCUGGUGCUGCUAACGAACCUGCUGGUCAUUGCAGCCAUAGCCUCUAACCGCCGCUUCCACCAGCCCAUUUAUUACCUGCUUGGUAACCUGGCGGCUGCUGAUCUCUUUGCUGGUGUGGCCUACCUCUUCCUCAUGUUCCACACCGGCCCGCGCACAGCCCACCUCUCACUCAAGGGCUGGUUCCUGCGGCAGGGCCUGCUGGACACGAGCCUGACAGCAUCGGUGGCAACACUGCUGGCUAUCGCCGUGGAGCGACACCGCAGUGUGAUGGCUGUGCAGCUGCACAGCCGCCUGCCCCGUGGCCGCAUCGUCAUGCUCAUUGUAGGUGUUUGGGUGGCUGCGCUGGGCCUGGGGCUGCUGCCAGCCCACUCCUGGCACUGCCUGUGUGCCCUGGACCGCUGCUCACGCAUGGCGCCCCUGCUCAGCCGCACCUACCUGGCUGUCUGGGCCCUGUCCAGCCUACUCGUCUUCCUGCUCAUGGUGGCCGUCUACACUCGCAUUUUCUUCUAUGUGCGGCGGCGCGUGCAUCGCAUGGCAGAGCAUGUCAGCUGCCACCCCCGGUACCGUGAGACCACAUUCAGCCUGGUAAAAACCGUCGUCAUCAUCCUGGGGGCAUUCGUGGUCUGCUGGACGCCAGGCCAGGUAGUGCUGCUCCUGGAUGGUCUGGGCUGCAAGUCCUGCAACGUCUUGGCUGUGGAGAAGUAUUUCCUACUCUUGGCCGAGGCCAACUCACUGGUGAAUGCUGCGGUGUACUCGUGCCGUGACGCUGAGAUGCGCCGUACCUUCCGCCGCCUCCUCUGCUGUCUGUGUCUCCGCCGGUCCACCCACGAGUCCACCCGCGACACAUCUUCUGCCCGGACAGGUGCCAGCACGCGCAUUAUGCUUCCUGAGAAUGGACACCCCCUGAUGGACUCUACCCUUUAGCUGCCUUGGGCUUUAGCAGGAUGCUGCAAGUGCCAGAUCCACAGCCCGUGUGCACUCAGACAGCCAUGGGACUUGCCUGGCCCAACCCCGUUUGCAGGACAAACUUAAAGGCAGACCCACAGUCUGGUUCAGCACAGCACCUCUGCUAGCCCUCCCCAGGCAUACAGUUCUGCCCCAGGGUGUGGGGGCUUAGAGUCAUCUCUGAGUGCCUUGGGGAGAGGCAGAUGGAGGCAGAAAUCUGGCUCUUAUCUCAGGUUUAGGGGAUUUUUAGCAGACAUUUUUCUAUUUUCAUAGCAUAUCCCUGGUGAGCCCUGUGGACCGAGUGGAGGUUCCUUGUACGUGGUGGUUUGGGUGUUAAGGGUGGGAGAGACAAGGGCUCUCUCAGGCCAUGCUGCCCAAUGUGAAAAGGUAACAAGGAAGGACCAUGGACGCACCAUCUGCUUGAAGCUGAUUCUUUAGGGGCACAGGCUGGGGGGUACUGAGUGCAAGCUGGGAAAGGUUUGUGGCCCCUUGUGGCCUUCGGGUGUUUGCUUGUCCCCAUUAGAAUUCAGGAGAUUGUCUUAGGUUUGGUUCUCUAGAGAAGCAAAACCAGUAUGAUAUACAUAGACAGAGAUUUAUACCAAGGAAAUGGCUCAUGUGGUUGUACAGGCUAGAGCGUCCCAAGUCCAUUGGGUCCACAUAGAGGAGUCUCCUGAUUCAUGUAGCUGCAGGUGCUGACGAACCCAAGAUCAACAGGUCAGAGAGCAGGGCUCUUCCUCACAGGCUGCAAAGAUCAACAAAUUCCCAAGAUUGGCAGGUGAGACCACAGGUAAGCAGCUAGCUCAAGUCCCGAGAACCGGAGGGCAGAUGAACACGAGCCAGCUGCAGGAUCUAGAGUAAGCAAAAGCCCAUGAGCCUUGUCAGAAUGUCCACUUAUAUUCGAUGCAGGCCACACACCCAAGAAAACUCCCUUUCAGCUGAUGGGCUAGUCACAGCAGAUCCAUCAUGGAGGUGAUCACAUUAUGUCAGAUCUCAUCAUGGAAGUGAUCACAACAUCAUGACUACCAAACCACUGAGAAUCAUGGCCCAGCCAAGCUGACACACGUCCUGGAGAGGGCAUAAUACAAGGAGUAAACCCGUCCGCUCUGAGGUGUUCAAAGCAUUGUCUUCAACUCAGUCUGCCAGUUCCUGUGUCCUGGAAUUGUCCGUUGUGGCUCUGGGGCCUGCAGGAUCUUUCAGCAUGGCAUUGCCUCAACCCUGCUGUUGUUCAUCUGCUGUCUAAAGCUGUCUGUUACUCUCCUUUCUGGAGUCUUGUCUAUCUUCCCUUCUGCCUCUAAUGUGUCUCCUCAGCUGUUCCCGCGCCUCCAUCUCACUGCCUGGUUCUCUGUCUCCUCUGGAGGGAAAGUUGAGGACCCUGGGGUGGUCUCUGGUCUAUGUGAGUCUUAUCUCUUGCCUGCCUUUCAGUCUGAAUCCAGGAUGUUUAAAGGUCAGGAGCCCUGACCAUUGCCCACCCCACCACCAACAUACACACUUGAGAGCCACAGGUGCUGGGGUCCAUGGAGCUGGAUGCACAAACUGAGAGUUGCCUUUCAUUUCUGAGGUCCUCUGAGGUACCUGACACACCGAUAAGCACAUUACACGUAUUAUUUAAUCAUCUGCAUCUUGUGGUGCAGGUAUUACACUUAUUUUCACAUAGGGAUAGUGGUUCAAAGAGCUUGAGAUCUUGCCCAGGGUCACACAGUUUCGAAAAGGCAGAGAGGCCUCGAGGGACAACAGAGGCCCCUGGGGAAAGAGCUUCUGCUGAUCCCUGAAGGUUUUACCUGUCCCCCACCCCCACGCUGUUCACAGAAGUUGCCCACUAUUUCUCAGGUCUCCUGCGCUGCACUGUGCUAGCAGCUAGCCUUUUGUACAGGUCACAGGCUCUCUAGCUGUCCAAGUAUCUUAUUACUUCCUGUCACUGGGCCAAGUGUUGAGUUCCCUUCCUCAGGAGUUUUCAGUUUUUACACCCGGCCCAUGUCACUUAUUCUCAUUCCCUGCCAUCCUCUUUGGAGUAUCUCCCUCCCCAGCCUAAUUCUACGCACCAGAUAGUGUUUAAAUUUCCUGUCUAGCAGCACUGAAAAGACAUGGACUCUGCCCUGAAGGUGUUCCCAGCAAGGCUGACAACCCUUGACUGAGCCUCCAUCCAUUGCCCAUCCUCAAAGCAAACAGCUCCAGUAGGUUCUAUGACUUUGAAGAAGUGACUCACAUCUAGCUGUUCCUUUUCUCACACAAGGAUCCUUCUCCGAUGCCAUGAUGCCUAACAGAAAGAAACAGACCUGAGAAGAUGUGCUCUAACGGGGUGCAUGGCGGGGUAGGGACUCUAAACAUCAUUCAUUUGUUAACCACAGGCUGGUGUCUUCUAGGGCCAGAAUGUACGGUGAAUGGAUAAAAAAACAAGCAAGGUUGCUCUUGAGCUACACCUUGAAAGGUGAAUAGAAUUGACUUCUGUGGUUGAGAAAAUCAGUUCUCACCUCCUUGUCACCACCACACACAUACCUGCUGCCUCAGCCAGCAAAAGGGAGCAAGGAAGCUCCAGGGGAGAUGAGCCAGGGAGGCCAGGAGCCCCAGCAGCUUUCCUGACAAGGAGUCUGGGGCUCUGGGCUUCUGGAGAUGAAACAGAGGGUGUCAAUGGGGCUCCUAGGAGUGAGGGUUCUGAGGCAGAGCAGGAACCCUGAGGAGUGGGGGACUCUGAGGAGCAAGGGGGCUCUAAGGGAGUGGGGGGCGGGUCUGAGAAGAAAUGUAGCCUCAAGAGGAGGGAAGUUCUGAGGAGUGAGGGGGCUCUGAGGAGGAGGAGGGGAUUUCUAGGAGGACUGGGGAGCUCUGAGGAGGAGGGGGACUCUGAAGAAGAGUGGGGGCUCUGGGGGAGCAGGGGGGUUCUGAGGAGAAGCAGAAACCCUGAGGACUGGGGUGCUCUGAGGAGGAGCGGGGCUCUGAGGUGAGAGGGGGAGCUGAAGGACACGUGUGUGUCUGAGGAAAUGGGGGUUGGGGGCCUCUGAAGUGGAGCUAAGCCAGCGUCGCCAUCUCCAAGGCGGGAGAAUGGGUUGGGGCGGGGAGCGACGUUGCCUUGGCAACCCCCAUCUGACUCACGGG